GGCCUGGGUUUAUAGGCGGUGGCGACUGGCGUGGGGCGGCUUAGAUGCGCCACGGCUUUGGUAGGGACGCAUCCUUUCGCCUGAGCUGUGCACAGUCUGCGUCUUCCCCCGGGAGACCGGUCUAGUCAGCCCGCCGCGGCUCCACGGUAACCAUGUGCGACCGUAAGGCAGUUAUCAAAAAUGCGGACAUGUCCGAAGAAAUGCAACAGGAUUCGGUGGAGUGCGCUACUCAAGCGCUGGAGAAAUACAACAUUGAGAAGGAUAUCGCGGCCCACAUUAAGAAGGAGUUUGACAAGAAGUACAACCCCACUUGGCACUGCAUUGUGGGGAGAAACUUCGGCAGUUAUGUGACACAUGAAACCAAACACUUCAUCUACUUCUACCUGGGCCAGGUGGCCAUUCUUCUGUUCAAAUCUGGUUAAAAGCAUGGACUCAGCCACAAACCCAGUGAUCCAUCCAAAAACAAAAACUGCAGCCUAAAUUCCAAAUAUCAGAGACUGCCUUGCCAAGGGAACACCUCAGUCUUUGAACCCUCAUUGUGUUUUGUGCAGGGCAUUCUGUGUACUAGUUGUGGUUAUAAAACAGUUAGCCAACAACAGCUUACAUUUGUAUUUAUUUCAUACUUGUCUUCCCCAUGUUUUUUUCUCAGUUCAUUCCUUUAAAAGAAUAAAUAUUGGAGAUG